CCUGGCUCCUCGGGCUCAGGCUUAUGUACCAGUUAAGGCAGAAGAUUACGAGAGGAUCCAGUGAUGUAGGGCCUCCCACUCCCAACUGACCUACAUCCAGGAGAGGGCCAGCCCUGCUCGGAGUGAAACCAAUCCAGGGGCCUCCAGAGGCCGGUAAGAUUUGACUGCAAGUCAAUACUCACAUGUCUUUCCACUGUGCAAUGAUCCCCCGGCCAGCGGGGCGGGAGGGGACAGGCAGGUGACAGGGGCGGGCAGAGGGCCAGCCUGGGGCAGGGACGUCGCCUCUGCUCCGGGAAGGGAUUGGGGGCAGGAAGGGGACAUCUCCUGGCCUGCAACAGGGAUUUUCUGGGAUUUGUUGCCAGUCCAUGUAACGAUGAGCCCACAGUGGGCAGCUCCACGUUGGGAAACUGGAGAUGAGUGAGGGACAGGGACUGGAAGAGCAGCAGGGAGAGGGAGGCAUAGGGAAGGAGGAGGAGCGGGGAAGAGAGAGAGAAAUUACCCGUGAAAACCACCUCUGCCACGGCAUCUGCUCCUCGGAGCUUUGGGAAUUGAGAGGUUUUCCUGCCGGCAGAGCCGAGGCUGAGGAUGCGGGGUGUUGGGGGGAGCAGAGCCCUGGCACACUCAGUGCAUGCUCGCCUGCGAUGCCAUCUGCCAGGCUUUCUCCUGUAGCUGCGGCUUCCACUGGCUUCUCUCAUGGCUAAUAAGGGUCGAGCUCAGACUCCAAAGUACUUCCCGAAGUACCUGGCGCAUCUUUGUGCCAUCCUUGGACACAGCGUGGCUGGGAUUCUGCAUCCCUCUGGGAAUGCUGCAGGGCAGGCAGGCAGGGUGACAUUUGCAGCUAGCAGCGGGUGUCUUUGAGAGGAGCGAGCGCCGAGAGAAGGGACCAGGUUCUCUUUAAGGGGGCAGGACUUUGGGAACAUUAUGAAGGCAAGAGUGAGCUUCUCUCUCUGCCUUCCACCCUCCCCUCCUUCCCUUCUCUGUUCCGGGACAGAGACCUGGGUUCCCUGCCCUCCCCUUUGCCUGGCAGGGAUGAAGGAAGGCGCUGGGUGCUGGGAUGGGCGGCUGAGCAGGGGAGGAGGAGGAGAAGGAGGGGAGGAAGGGGAGGGAGAGGGGGAGGAUCUGCUAAUUACACAGAACAGCUCUGGGGGCUGCUGAAGUCCAGAAUGAAGCAAAGAGCAGCAGAAGCGAGUGCUGCAGUGGGAGCGGAGGAGCCCAAGCAUCACCGAGAGCUGGAGCUGCCUGUUAUCCCUGCUGGGAGCAACUGGGAGCAGCCAGGGGAUCCUGCAGCCCUGUCUCCCACAGGAGACAGCCUCUGGCACUGCCACCAAGCCCACUGCCAGCCCCCGGAGAGCCAAGGGGAAGGGGCUGGUGGUUGCAGGACACAGGGUUGGGCUGGAGGGCAACAAAGUCAGCCCUCCUAUGGUCACUGAGGACUAGGAGCCUGUGUGGAUCCACCGGGAAGAGGUGAAGGAUGGCUGCCGAAGGAGGGAGAGCCAAGCCCGCUGUCCAGUCCAGAAUGGAGAACUUCCGAAAGGUGAGGACCUCGGAGGAGGAGAUGCCGUUGCCCUUCCCAGACCUGCCCCCGGACGUGGUGGAGAUGAAAGUGAAGGAGGGCAGCAAGAUCAGGAACCUGAUGAACUUUGCCAUGGCCCAGAUGGAGCUGAAGGGCAGGCGGCAGAUCGUGUUCAGCGGCUGCGGCAGGGCGGUCACCAAGACCAUCACCUGCGUGGAGAUCAUGAAGCGCAAGCUGGGAGGGCUCCACCAGGUCACCAAGGUACGCUACAAAACCGUGCUGGAGGUCUGGGAGAACCAGGACCCGCUGCCCAACGGCCCCGCACAAAACCUGACUGUCCACAAGAAUGUCCCCUCCAUCUGCAUCCUGCUCUCCCGGGACCCCCUGGAUCCCAACCAGACGGGAUACCAGCCCCCGGAACCCCGGCAUGAGGCGGGAGAAAACACAUCGGGAUCCUCCACCAAGGGGCUGAAGCGGCCACUGCCGCCUCCCUGCGAGGAGCUGCUGCCCAAGAAGCUGCAGGUACAGGUGUCUGACAGCCCCAGGGGCUUGGGGACCACCACUGGCCAGCUGGACCACUGAUCCCAAUGCCUCCCACCCCACCAGCCAGGUAUUGAGGCAGGAAUAUUCACUCAUUCCGGGCUCACUGGUGGGCUGCAGGCUCCCCCUGACCUGUCCCCACUUGCUGCUCCUUGACCCCUGUGGAUGGGGGUCUCCAGAUCUGGCAUGAGGGUUAAACAUUUAAACCCACCAUCUCUUGGUUAUGGAUUAAAGCAGAUGAGGAUGUGGGGGGGGAGCUGGUGACCUCUAAUUCAGCCACGCAGGGACACCGUGACCACCAGCCACAUCCUGCAGCGACUCCCAUGGAGCCAGAGCAGCUGAGGGGUGCCCAGACCACCACCAUCACUCCCCACUGCAACGCCUCAUCCAUCAGGAGAGAUGGGUUUGUCCCAAGCUCGUUGGAAUAAAACCUUCAUUAUCAAACCCGCUGCUGAGGAGCUGUCAGAGUUAUUAAUGCCGGGCUCAGCAUCCUGUGGGGCUGUGAUUCAUCUGAAAAAAAACCACCCAAACAAGCACGGGGGUUGCUCCCUCCCUGCACCCACAGAGCCAAGCACUGCACUGUGCUGCCUGCCUGUGGGACAGCACAAGGAAAUAAAACAAUCCACACUGGA